ACAGGUCUUAUUGUUAUGGUUGUGCCUGAAAGCGAGUUCUCCUACGUAUUUGCUUGUAAGAUUAGCUACGGUACAUUAACGACGUUGUAGCACCCCAGUCUUUUUUACCUGGGUUUGUAGUCCGACUUGGGCAUUUUAUGAUUAGGAUAUUGUUCGUGUGGGUUUAAUGUUAAGCCGUUCGGCCCUCUGUUUACUGCCCAAUAAGCUAGCCAACUAGCAUGCUAACGUUACCGCUCGUCGAGAUGACAUAUGCUGUUGUGUAGCAACAAAGACACGGGAGGCAUAAAUGCCAGCACACAGCGAGACAGAAAUCUGAGAAAGCAACACCGCUCCCGAUGAUACAACCGUAUUAGCUGACAACGCAGAUGGCAAGCUGUGGUGAGGUCGACCACUCUGUAGGCAUGCUCCCGUCCGGGAGGAAGGUGGGUGGAGAGGCGUGUCAGGGCUCAGGCGGCUCCUCCCCUGCCCUGCCGGUGCCAGAAUGCGCCAUCUGCCUGCAGAGCUGCGUCCACCCCGUGCGCCUGCCCUGCAGCCACAUCUUCUGCUUCCUGUGCGUGAAGGGCGCAUCCUGGCAGAGCAAGCGCUGCGCCCUCUGCAGGCAGGAGAUCCCUGAGGACUUCCUGGAGCGCCCCACCCUGCUGUCCCCUGAGGAUCUGAAGGCGGCGGGGGCCGGGCGGGGCCCCGGGGAGUACGCCUGGUACUACGAGGGCCGCAACGGCUGGUGGCAGUACGACGAGCGCACCAGCCGCGAGCUGGAGGAUGCCUUCGCCAAGGGCAAGCGGAGCACGGAGAUGCUGAUCGCCGGCUUCCUGUACGUGGCCGACCUGGAGAACAUGGUGCAGUACCGGCGCAACGAGCACGGGCGGAGGCGCCGGAUGAAGCGCGACGUUGCCGACAUCCCCAAGAAGGGCGUGGCCGGGCUGCGGCUGGACACCGAGGCCGCCGCCGUGGCCACUGUAGGGGCGCAGGGCGGGGCAGGGCGCGAGAGCUCUGCCGACGGGGCGGACACCACCGUCCCACAGGCCGCCGGCCCCGCCCAGGCCAUCGCCCCCCCAGUCCGGCCCCCCACUUCCCUUGGAGGGCAGCCCACAAGCCCCUCCACCCCCUCGCCCGAUGCCAGCACUUCCCUGGAGAGUUCUCUCGCUCGGUUGCAGAUCAGCCACCCGGCCGGGCGGGGCCGGGGCAGAAAUGGGGAGGACGAGGAGGAGGGCGAGGCCACACCCUCGCGGGGUUCCUCUGCCCCAAACACCUCCGUCGACGAGUCGGAGUCUGGGAGCAGCAGCCCAGAUGAGGAAGAAGAGGAUGUGGAGGAAGAGGAGGAGGAUGAAGAAGAGAUUGAGGAGGAAGAUGAGAUUGAAGAAGAGGGGCAAAUCCAGGCUGAGGGAACACAGGUCAGGCAGAGACUGCUGCAGAGAGAGCGGAUGCGGUUCAGGCAGGGCCGCUUGGACAGGUCGCCCCCUGGUGGCAAGUCCUCCAGUGGCAGCAGCAGUGUGAGGUCAAGACAGCCAGAUGGGCAGUGUACAGUGACUGAAGUGUGACCUCUGACCCAGGGUCAAACUCCGCCUUCUUUCCUUGUCCCACCCCCACUUGAUCUCAGCCGACAUUGCACUCAGAAAAACUAAACGGCUCCUGCGGCUGCCUUCUUUUGGCUUUCGGAAGGGUCCUUCUGUACAACAACAAAAACACCCACAGGGCAUUGCAUCUCAAGAUCAAUAAUGGAAGAAAGUAAUAUGGACAGAAUAUUAAGUUCCAGUAGGUACAAAGGUGAGCAAAUCAAACACUUGGCAAUUACAAUUAGGAUAAUUCAUAGAGUGGGACUGGGGAUUGAAUUAUAUAAAUACUGGCAAACAUUUUUUGCCAUCUUUUUUUUGUUUAAAAAUAUGUUAUGCCCUCAAUGAAUAAAGAAAGAAAAAACCAUGAAUAGAAAACCGGAGGGCUUUUAAGGACAAAUGCUGUAUUGAAGGAAAACGAUUUUUGGUCAUUGGAUAAAAUCUCGGUCGACAGGGCCAGUCUCAUCACAUGUUUUGGCUACAAAAGGCUUAUUGUCAGAAAUGAAUAUUUCAGGCCAUUCCCUUGCCCCAGUUGGUCCCCAAGGUAAAUAUCCUCAAUUGGUGUGUUUCAUAGGCAAAGCAUGGUCUUUGGGUGUUCAAUUCAUAUUUCAUCUUAAUAUGCUAGUCUGUAUCAUAACUUGUGCAUGUGUUAUUGUAAGAGAAGGGUACUAAACACUACUGUGGGAAAGACCUGCCGUUCUGGUUUUAGAAUUUAGUUUGAAUAACUUUUUUCUUCUUUGGAUUUUAACAUUUUUUUGUGUGAUGGCAGAGGGAAAAAGGUGUCAGGCAAGCAGACAAGUGAUGAACACGGCUGAUUCGUGGAAAUGAGAUCUUGUGUGAAUUUUUGAAGUUUAUUCAUUUUUGCGUUUCUUACCGAAUGUCAUCCUCAAACGUCCCCUCCACUAGUCCUUCUGUCUGUAAAACGAAAUUCUUUUUUUCUGUAUUUUUUGCUUUCUUGUAAUAUUUUGUUACAAGGUUUGUUACAAAGUUUAAAAUAAAGUAUGUGUCAUUUGAUCAACCCCAAAUAAA